CUUCUUUCCGGUUUCCGCGGCAGCCGCAGCCAUGAGCAGCAAAGUCUCACGCGACACCCUGUACGAGGCGGUGCGGGAAGUCCUGCACGGGAACCAGCGCAAGCGCCGCAAGUUUCUGGAGACGGUGGAGCUGCAGAUCAGCCUGAAGAACUACGACCCUCAGAAGGACAAACGUUUCUCGGGCACCGUCAGGUUGGCACCGCUCUAACCCCACCCAGCCCUCAGUGUUCCCGUGUGGCCUGGCCGCGCCCUAGGCGGGCACGGGGACACUGACGUGCCAGGGUAGUUCAGGAGCCCUGCUGCAGGCAGGCAGGCUGGACGGACCCCCACCCUGGGUCUUAAAACAAGAGGGGAGGCGUGGGGAGGCCUCGGCCGAGCCCGCCGCCUAGCCUGAGAAGCCAGGCUAGUGUUGCCCAGAGCUCCGGGCUCAAGUCCACCCCACGCCCCAAGUUCUCGGUGUGCGUUCUGGGGGACCAGCAGCACUGUGAUGAAGCCAAGGCCGUGGAUAUCCCCCACAUGGACAUCGAGGCGCUCAAGAAGCUUAACAAAAACAAGAAGUUGGUCAAGAAGCUGGCUAAGAAGUACGAUGCCUUUUUGGCCUCUGAGUCUCUGAUUAAGCAGAUCCCACGUAUCCUGGGCCCAGGCCUAAACAAGGCUGGCAAGUUCCCCUCCCUGCUGACACACAAUGAAAACAUGGUGGCCAAAGUGGAUGAGGUGAAAUCGACAAUCAAGUUCCAGAUGAAGAAGGUGCUGUGUUUGGCCGUCGCUGUUGGCCACGUGAAGAUGACCGAUGAUGAGCUAGUCUACAACAUUCAUCUGGCUGUCAAUUUCUUGGUGUCCUUGCUUAAGAAAAACUGGCAAAACGUGCGGGCUCUGUACAUCAAGAGCACCAUGGGCAAGCCCCAGCGUCUGUAUUAGGAUGCUCCAAUAAACCUCACUGCUGCCACUCAG